AAAAAUAAAGAUGAAACUUUAAUCGGGCUAGCACUAAGCAUAUUGGGCGACACGAGAUUGUGAUUAGACAUGUUUUUGCGCCAUUGAGAAAACGCCAAAGUGUAUCGAAAGUCUUUGGUUGACAAAUAUUCGCCACUCGCAUCGAGUCGUGAUUUCGUUUUCGUCAAAUUUGAAGAACCCUUUGCCUUACAACGUCUCUGGUGCUACUCAGAUUCAGUCAUAGACUAUCCGACCCAUCGACCCGACUGACAGUGUCGGAAAAAUGGCGGCUUUCAGUAAAUAUGUCACAGCGAAGAACUCCUCAAUAGCAGGUGGCAUUUUACUGACGUUAUACUUGCUGAAAAAGCUAAGCCGAAGGUCAAAGCCUGACAAUCUAAAAGGGGGAUCAAAUUUGGUGUUUAACUUGGAGAAGGAUGGCAAAAAAGACCGUGCGGCUGUUGACAAAAUCUUUUUCCUUCGAAUUCUACGGAUACUGCGGAUCAUGGUUCCGCAAGUCUUUUGCAUGGAGACUGGAUACCUAAUCCUUAUUGCUGUGAUGUUGGUGGCGAGGACCUACUGUGAUGUAUGGAUGAUUCAGAAUGGUACCAUGAUUGAAAGUGCAAUCAUUGGCCGCUCAACAAAAGAUUUCAAGACCUUCUUGUUCAGCUUCAUCCGAUUCAUGCCACUUAUAGCGUUGGUGAACAACUUUCUCAAGUUGGGUCUGAAUGAGCUGAAAUUGAGGUUUCGAGAGAGACUCACAAAGAACCUGUAUGACCAGUACCUACAGAGUUUUACCUACUACAAAAUGGGUAACUUGGACAACCGAAUCGCCAACGCAGACCAAUUGCUCACCCAGGAUGUGGAAAAAUUCUGCAAUAGUGUGGUGGAUCUCUAUUCCAACCUCAGCAAGCCUUUGCUUGAUAUUGGUUUGUACAUCUUCAAGCUGACCAGUGCCAUUGGGGCUCAGGGCCCAGCCAUCAUGAUGUCAUACCUGCUCAUCUCAGGGUUGCUGCUGACCAGAUUGAGGAGACCCAUUGGCAAAAUGACUGUCAUGGAACAGCGCUAUGAGGGAGAGUAUCGCUAUGUAAACUCUCGCCUCAUCACGAACAGUGAGGAGAUAGCAUUCUAUAAUGGGAACCAGAGAGAAAAACAGAUCAUUCACACUACAUUUAAAAAACUGGUUGACCAUUUACAUAACUUUAUCUUCUUUCGUUUUACAAUGGGAUUUGUGGACAGCAUCAUCGCCAAAUACAUUGCCACUGUUGUGGGAUACCUGGUGGUGAGCAGGCCAUUUUUAAAUCUGUCCCAUCCGCGACAUCAGAACAGCACGCAGUCUGAACUCCUAGAGGAUUAUUACCAGAGUGGGAGGAUGCUCCUUCGGAUGUCCCAGGCUCUUGGAAGGAUUGUUCUGGCGGGUCGAGAAAUGACUCGGCUCUCAGGGUUCACAACCCGUAUAACUGAACUGAUCAAAGUCCUUAAGGAUUUAAAUUCGGGCAAAUAUGAACGCACCAUGGUCUCCCAGCAGAAAGAGUUCGAUACAGCAGAAAGUCUGACACUUGUGCCUGGGAAUGGUCAAAUUAUCAACAGAGAUAACAUCAUCAAAUUUGACCACACCCCUUUAGCAACGCCAAAUGGAGACAUUCUUAUUAGAGACCUCACAUUUGAGGUGAGUUCUGGUACUAAUGUUCUCGUGUGUGGACCAAAUGGUUGUGGCAAAAGUUCGCUGUUCAGAGUACUUGGAGAGCUUUGGCCGCUGUUCGGAGGACAACUGACAAAACCAGAGAGAGGAAAGCUCUUCUAUGUUCCACAGAGACCCUAUAUGACCCUUGGUUCACUGCGGGACCAAGUGAUAUAUCCUGACACCGUGGAAGAACAAGCAAGGAAAGGAAUAUCUGAUCAGGUAUUGAAAGAGUACUUGGAUAACGUUCAGCUGGGCCACAUCUUAAACAGGGAGGGAAGCUGGGACUCAGUGCAGGACUGGAUGGAUGUUUUCAGUGGAGGAGAAAAGCAGAGGAUGGCUAUGGCCCGACUGUUCUACCACAAGCCCCAGUUUGCUAUUUUGGAUGAGUGCACCAGUGCCGUUAGUGUUGAUGUGGAAGACUACAUCUACAGCCACUGCAGAAUGGUGGGCAUUACUUUGUUCACAGUAUCUCACAGAAAGUCUCUUUGGAAGCAUCACGAGUAUUACCUUCACAUGGAUGGCCGAGGAAACUACGAAUUCAAACCCAUCACGGAAGAAACUGUGGAGUAUGGCUCUUAACUCCCUAGCAAAAUUCAUCGGUCUACUCAUCCGCUCAAAAUUUGCAAUGAAGACAGUGGCUACGACUAGGGCUAAAACAUGCACUAAUGGGGUGUUAACUUAGCGAUGAUUUAUUUGUUCACUUUCUUCCUCCUUGGGACCUGUAUUUAGUUUUUUUUUUUGUUUUUUUGUUUGUUUUUGUCUAAAUAUGAUUUUAGGCAAAGUAUCAAUUGCACCCUAUAUUCAGUUUAAAAAAAAACACUAUACUGCCAAAUGUAUUUGGUCACCAUGUUGACUGUCCUACAACGGCUUCAACUAUUCUGUGGAGGCUUGCUCCAGCUGUUUGGCCAUAAAGGAGUUCUAGACCUUGUCAGUCCCCCCAAAAUGGUUUUACCUCACAAAUGUGCCUCUGAAAGAAUCGUCGAAAACGCUCUCCUAACCCAUGUGAAAAGCCUUCCCAGAAGAGUUGAAGCUGAAUAAGGUGAACAGCAUUCAUGAGAGAGUCAUGGAAGCAGCAAUACAUUAUACAGUGGUACCUCUACUUACAAAAUCGGUUCUGGAGGUAGUUUCGUAACUUGAAAAUUCUGUAAGUAGUGACGCGUUUUCCAUGUUAAUUCUGUAAUACGUUCCAAGCUCCCCAAAAGUCAGACAUAAAUCUUGUAUAAGCAUCAAAAUAUGUUACAAUUAGAUUAUUGCACAAUAAACAUAAAAUCUGAGUUGUGCGCCAUGUAAAAAAACAAAAAUAAUCAAAUUUGAUACACUCAUGUAAAGCUGUCGAAACACGAGGGGCAAAUGAGGAGGACGCUGGGAUACACACAUACAGUAGAGGUCCCUCUCAGCCAAUAGCGUACCGCACGAAUGCUAUUUUUAAACAGUGAUGUCGCAUAGUAAAGCGGAAGUGGGACAUUAUAGACCCGCCCUCGCAUAGAAACCAUUAUAUUUCUGCUACUUUUCUCCAGUAAUCUUUCAAAAAGGAACAUGCCGAUCAAGCAAAGCUUAUAUGGAACUUGUAGAAACGAUUCCAGACAUUACGACAUAUGAAGGAUGUUUUCUUCAUACGUUUCCCGAGACCAAAAAGGAAGGAAGAAAAACUUACGCGGACGUUUAACACCAGCAACGCGAAGCCAUUCACAUUUCAUAUGCAGUAAACAUUUUGUUAGGUUUGCAUGGUCCUUCAGAGGACAAAGAGGUAAACCAUUUUGAUAUUUUUACUUACUUUCGACCUGGCGUUUUGCCGUGCUGCUUCUGUCUGACAAUGAAUGACCUGAAAAGAAUUAAAAUGGUAUCUGACUGCCACCGUUACCUUUCUGUUGUAAAAAAACAACUUCAGGGGAAGUGUAAAUAAAUUAUAGAAUUAAGAUUUGUUAUUAAUGGAAAAAUUGAAAGUGUUCGAUGGCUGUCAACGAGUAGGAUUUGUGAUCGCUACACAAAAAUAGCAAUGUAAAUUGCCCAAAACAACGGUCAGAGAUGUAAGACAACCAGAGGAUAUAAUAUAUAAGAUAGACAGGGCAUAUGGUGGUAAAGGAUCGAUUGUUGAAACAGGAGAACGUCAUUGCCAGUGGCAUAAGAAAAAGGUGAUAAAAAAGCUAAGGCUAGGCUAAGCUUAGCUCGGCUUUUUUUCAGCCCUCGACACUCAAGCCAUCUAUUUAACUGAACAUUUGUAUGUUCUUCCACAUCUUUACCAGUGAAUUUGGCACCAGGCGCAUCCUUUUCGAACAGAAUUGAUAGGUUUAGCUCUGUCAACAUCACCUUCGUACACUAUUUCCAUUCAUUUACUAUUGGGGACAAGCUCCCGUUUACCCCCCCCCCCCCCCCCUUAGCAACAUUAGCUAACGUCAUGAAUAUUAAUGAGCGGAAGCAGGGGUUAAUUUGAGCCGGAUCUUGCCGGAACAAGAUCUGGCACCUCUUGAUUUUGGCCUCCCUGUGUUCCGGGACUUGUUUGGGCAGAUCCGGCACCUCUCGUGCAUAGAAUAUUAUAAUAAUCAUAAUAAUAAUAUGAAAAAUGUUAGGGGAAAGAUGGAGAGGACUCUUUGAUGGUUUUCUCAACUUUAUUGUGGCAACAAUAAGAAAACAAUAAACAAAAUAACAGCAGACUGCCGCCACAUUCGCAAACUUUUGCCUCUCGUCUCCCCCUCGCUUCCUACUACUCACAGCGCUCCAGUCCCAGCGUCUCUUAAACGGACCGUGCAUAGUGUCUUGUUUUGAGCUUUUUGUUGACAAAGGUAUCGAGCACACGACGUGCUGACAACUUUCUUAAUUAACACAUGGAGCUAACAGCAGGAACACAGCUUGGGGCUCUCGGCAGGCUGUGCCUCUAUCUCACUCCUGCAUCAUGUGACCAAAACAACAGUAACGUUGCGUGCACUUCAGGGUGCCUCUGAAAACAUUGUAUCAGAAUAUUCCAAAUAGUUACGGACAUUACAGUAUAAAAUAAAAUAAUAAUAUGCAUAAAUUCAUUUACAGUACAAAUCCCAAUAAUUGCAUGUUGUUUAUAAAAAUUUAAUGUUAUUUGAAAGAGUCGGAGAUUUGUUGAUGCAGUGAAAAGCUGGACCAACAAAUCAUGCCCCUGACAUAAGGAACAUAGGAACAGACUCACUACCCCUUUAUCAAUCCAAACUCAAAACUAUACUGUAUAGCAUAUAGCACAUCCAUAAUAAUCCCCGAUUUCUUUGUGUUUUACGGUUCUGCUCGUUACUUUCAUGCAUAAAGAAUUUUGUUUUGAAUGUUCUAUACUUAUUUUUACUGUUUUUAGUCUUUAAUUUGUCUAAUUGUUUUUUAAAUGACUGUACAGCAACCUUGAGUGCCAGAAAGGUGCCUUCAAAUAAAAUGUGUUAUUAUUAUUAUUAUUAUUAUUAUAA